AUGGCGGCCUUGCCCUUCGGGUGUCUCUCAACGACGCUGCUCUGCGCUAUGGUGGUUCAGGCUUCCUCCACAAGCAUCCUGUUUGCAGAGCUCCUCCCUCCCUCCCGUCCCUUCAGGUGUCUCCUCACAGCCAACCGCAGUCCUCUGCCUGGGUCUGCUCUCCAAGCCCCACAUUUGAGGACCCAGCCCUUGUGUGCAAUGGUGGACACCCUCUCAGGCUUGGGGGAGCAGGGCUGGGGUCAGGACCGUCUGCCGAGGUCUCACUCUGUCCUGCUGCCUCUGACUGGUGCUGCCUUCUCUUCCCAUCAGAGAAUGAGGCUCCCUUCCGUCCCGGUGAGCUCCCCUCUAGGGUUGCAGGUCCCGCCCCACUUCCUCUCCUCACCCUUUUCCUUCUUGUCUCAUUGGUCCUGCCUGGCUAUGAGGGGAUCUUUCUUGUCCUUUCAGGUGUCAAGGUCCCCUGCUCGUGUUCAGAAGGGGCUCUGUGAAUAUUGUUCCAUUUCUGACGUAUUCUCGAUGCAUUUGUGGAGGGAGAUGAACUCCACAUCUUCCUAA